UUCGCGUGAGGGAAGGGGCAGCCGGCCGGCGCGGGGUAGGGCCCGCUUCAGCCAUGGAGCACAUCACGACGCCGAAGGUAGAAAAUGUCAAGUUAUUAGAUCGAUAUGCCAACAGAAAGCCAGCAAAUGGGACACUAUACCUGACAGCAACUCAUCUGAUCUACGUAGAUGCUUCGGCUGAAGUUCGAAAGGAGACAUGGAUUCUUCACCACCAUAUUGCCGCUGUGGAGAAGCUGCCUCUGACCGCAUCUGGAUGCCCGCUGCUUAUUCACUGCAAGAACUUCCGUGUGGCUCACUUUGUCCUUGGGCAGGAACGGGACUGUCAUGAAGUCUACACGUCUUUGCUGAAACUCUCGCAGCCAGUGAAAUCGGAAGAACUUUAUGCUUUCUCUUACAACCCGAAAAUGCCCAAGGACAACCGGGAGAUGGGCUGGACGCUGAUAGAUGUCAAAGUCGACUACCAGCGGAUGGGGAUUCCUAACGACUACUGGGAAAUUACUGAUGCUAACAAAGACUACGAGGUCUGCAACACGUACUCUCCGGAACUAGUGGUGCCUAAAGCAGCUACCAGGGCGAUGGUGAUGGGGAGCUCGAAGUUUAGAAGCCGAGGUCGGAUCCCAGUGCUUUCCUACUUCUACAAAGAGAAUAACGCUGCCUUAUGCCGGUGUAGCCAGCCCUUGUCCGGGUUUAGCGCUCGCUGCCUGGAGGAUGAACAGCUUCUGCAAGAGAUUAGGGAAGCCAACCCAGGAAGUCCGUUCAUGUAUGUUGUAGACACAAGGCCAAAGUUGAACGCCAUGGCCAACCGAGCUGCUGGGAAGGGGUACGAGAACGUUGACAAUUAUGACAACAUCCGUUUUAAAUUCAUUGGUAUCGAAAACAUCCACGUAAUGAGGAACAGCCUGCAGAAGCUCUUAGAAGUGUGUGAAACAAAAUCUCCUUCAAUGAGUGAUUUCCUUACUGGCCUAGAGAACUCCGGCUGGUUACGGCACAUUAAAGCAGUAAUGGAUGCUGGCGUCUUUCUUGCGAAGGCCCUGAAAGACGAGCGGGCCAGUGUCUUAGUGCACUGCUCAGAUGGAUGGGACCGCACUGCCCAGGUGUGCUCGCUGGCUUGCCUCCUCUUGGAUCCUUUCUAUCGAACGUUUAAAGGAUUCAUGGUCCUGAUAGAAAAGGAGUGGAUUGCGAUGGGCCACAAAUUCUCACACAGGUGUGGCCAUCUGGAAGGUGACCCCAAGGAAGUGUCUCCGGUCUUCACCCAGUUCAUUGAAUGCACCUGGCAGCUCAUGCAGCAGUUUCCCUGUGCGUUUGACUUCAACGAGCGCUUCCUCCUUGAAAUUCACGAUCAUAUCUAUUCCUGCCAGUUUGGGAAUUUCCUGGGGACCUGCCAGAAGGAGCGGGAAGAUUUGAAAAUCUUUGAGAAGACUCAUUCCCUGUGGCCUUUCCUUCUCCAGAAGAAGCAAGAAUUCAGAAAUCCACUCUAUAAGGGAUUCACAACUUACAAAGAGCUCCGGCCCAACACUCUACCCUUCAGUUUUCAGUUCUGGUGCGGUAUGUAUAACCGGUUUGAUAAAGGGAUGCACCCAAAGCAGUGCGUAUUGGAUCAUCUCCUUGGCUGCAUCAGCCAGAAAUUGGAGUUGGAAGAUGUCGUCACUGAACUGGAAAAUAAAUUGCCUCUCAUAGAUGGACCCCUGCCAAAUGAGAUUUCCGCCUUAUCCAAAAUCGUAACCGCUUCGACCGGCUGCUCAAAAUCCCCAAUGGUCAACACUCCCCAGGACUACGAGGGUGAGGAGGCCCCUGCCCUGCUGGCUAAUGGCUCUAUAGGAGGGAAAGAAGGGGAUGGACCAGACCGGCAGCUGAAGAGCAAAGAGGGCCUUGCCAAUCCCCUUGACAUUCCAGAUGGCGACGGCACCGGCAGCACUGGUGGCACCGUCCAGUCCGCUGCUCAAGCAGGACAUCUCCAGAAUCCUUGAGAGGAGCCGCGCAUUUGCUGUGAGAGCCAUAGGAACGUGGCAAUAAAGCAUGCGAGACCUGUG